GUAUGCAACUACGAAAUACAUUACCUAGAUGGAUCAUGGUCUCAUGGUGUGCUCAUCCACGACAAGUUCACUUUCCCUUCAGGCAGCACCAAACCUGACAUCGCCUUCGGCUGUGGGUAUAACCAGGGUGGUAGCCACGAGACGGUAACGGGGGUUGAUGGCAUGCUUGGGCUUGGGAGGGGUUCCAUAGAUCUGGUCUCGCAACUGAAGAACAACAAGAUCAUCACAAAGAAUGUGUUUGCUCAUUGCCUCAGCUCAAAAGGAGGGGGCUACCUCUCCAUUGGGGAUGAAAAUGUUCUCUCUUCGCCUGCAAACUGGGUUCCCAUGGCUCCAAGCACAGAUAGGAAUCAUAAUUACUACUCACCAGGCCCAGCAACCCUCCACUUGGAUACAAAGCCGAUAGGCACAACGCCGAUGGAGGUGAUCUUUGACAGUGGCAGCACAUACACCCACUUGCCUGAGGGUCCACAUGCUCAACUUGUUGCAGCGCUGAAAGCAUCUCUCAGCAAAUCACUUAAGGAAGUGCGUGAUCCUUCACGGCUACAUCCAUGCUGGAAGGGGCCUGGGGGAUUCAAAUCAUUGGACGACCUCAAGAAGGAAUUCAAGUCAGUGAUGUCUUUGAAAUUCCACAGUGGCGCCACCAUGAUCAUCCCUCCUGAAAAAUACAUCAUUGUCACUGGACAUGGGAAUGCAUGCUUUGGUAUGCUUGGGAGGACAGACAUCGGCGACAUGUGCAUAAUUGGAGACAUCACAAUGCAGGAUCAGCUUGUGAUAUAUGACAACGAGCAAGGACGUCUCGGGUGGCGGUCGUCACAGUGUGAUAAGAAGCCCAAGUCCAAAUCUGCUAUCUUUUCGCGCAUCUGAAACAAGUUUGUAGUGACCAGCCAGGGGUGGAACAAAGAUGAAGGUAUACUAGUGCAUUAGCAGAAAUAAAGAAUGUAAGAAAGUAAGAAACACACAUGAUGAGACAAGAAAACUUUAUGUUCCUCCUGCUCAGUGCUGGUAAUAAAGUGUAAUUGAUAUUCUACACACCCUUCGAAUUCGUGAUGUUCCUUGCGCCUCUCAAAUU